CACAUUUGUUUUCCUCCUACAUUCCGGCUCUAUGCUAGGCAGGCUUGGGCGGAUCACAACCAGACGACUCCCUAUCCUAUUCAAGCCAUACAGCCAACCUGCAAAAACGUCCCGAGAGUUUGGCUAUCAUGCAACAUCCAACAGCAGCAGCAAAAGUCUCCAUGCCUGAGCUCACAAACACCAACACGGAGAGCACCCAGGCCGGUGUCAAGCGGCCAGCCUCACCGACGACUCACCGACUCAGCAGGAGUACAGAUAGGGCUGCAGCUAAGCGCGUCAAAAAUGACCAAGGGAAUAAGAAGGGCAAGCGCGGAGCCCGCAUCAUACGCAACUGCUACUCGGAAAGCAGGUGGAGGGAAUGCCACCCUGAUUCCGCUGAUCUGCCUGCGGCCUUUGGCUGGCCCGCCGGCGACAAGCAGAAAGAAGCGCUUGCUGAGCUCGAUGUCUAUAUCCAUGAAGUUAGCGAGAAGGGUGUGGGCAUUGCCACUCGCGAGUCCCUGGCUAGAGGCGAACGGCCAUGGUUCCUGGCAGUCCCGUUUACUCUCAAGGGCGAGACGGUGCGGAUCAAGACAGUCAAGCACGAGUGGGGGUAUUCACAGGCUGACCUGCUGUCAGUUUCUGAAAAAUCGGACAAGCGGGUUGAGCCUCCGUGCAAGUAUUUUGGCAAGUGCUCGGGGUGCCACAUCCAGCAUCUUGCGUAUGCUGAUCAGCUCGAGUUCAAACACCAGGUUGUCGAGCGCGCCUUUGCCCAUGCGAACCCAGUGUUUGCGUCUGUGCCUGUGAACCCCGUGUGGGGGUCGCCACUGACGCUCGGCUACCGCACAAAGCUUACUCCGCACUUUGACAUCCGCAAAGGACACGCCGCCAGAUCAGGUUCGCCAUUGCGCCGCGUUAUGGACAUUGAGGAGUGCAUUAUUGGCACCGGUGUUGUGCAGCAGGGCAUGGAGAAGGCUAGGGCCGAUACCAAGGCCAAGAUGGCUUCGUACGAGCGCGGUGCUACAUUGCUAAUCCGCGAGACAUAUGUGGUUCCGGAUGCCCCGUUGGACGACACAACAUCGGUGCCUGUGAACCAACUGGUCAAGGAAUUCAUCCUUGAUCCGAAGGGCUGGGUCACUGAUGUGGUCGGGGACCUAAAGUUCCGCUUCCCAGCCUCAUCCUUCUUCCAGAACAACAACGUGAUCCUGCCUGCAUUCACUGGGUUUGUGCGCGAUGAGCUGAACAAGUGGAGCUGCGAGCUGGCCACAGACUCGUCAGAGAAGGGCGUGCUAAAGUACCUGGUAGACGCAUACUGUGGAUCGGGUCUGUUUGGCAUUGCGUGCCACGAGGGGUACGACAAGGUUCUGGGCAUUGAGAUCUCGAGCGAGUCAAUCUCAUGUGCCAACGACAACGCCAAGAUGAACGGCAUCACCAACUGCGACUUUUUGCUUGGCGAUGCUGCGCACAUCUUUGACAAGGUCAAGGAGAGCCCUGAUAGCACGGCUGUGAUCAUCGAUCCGCCUCGCAAAGGCAGCAGCCCUGACUUUCCUCAGACAGCUGAUUGCCUAUCGGCCCGCGCCAAGGAGGUUGAGGAGAAGCCAAAGGCUGUGUACCGCAUUGCUAGCAUCCAGCCGUUCGAUCUGUUCCCACAGACAUACCAUGUCGAGAACAUUGUUACGCUAGUGCGUGAGGAUUGAAAAUACAUUUGAG